AUGAAGAUACCUACGACCCUCUUCGCGGCGCUGUGCACCGCCACCUUCAGCGCGAUCGCCAACGCAACCAUAGUCGCCAGACUAGGCUUCAUCCACGGCCGACCUCAGCCCCGCUGCGCCCAGAAAGACGUGACGCUCUACAUCGACGUGGACACCAACAUGGUGAACCGCACGAUCGAUAUCCUGGACCCGGACGGCCGUUCGUUCGGGACGGUCGCGCUCGAGUACCUCGUUCCUGGGUGCGAACUGCUUCUGUGCAGUCAAGCGUCGUCCUGCGACUCGGACUCUGCGGUGCAUUUCUAUAGUCCUGUCUGUUCCGUGACGUACAGUGAUGGGGUGUAUUGGGCUCGGUACGCUGUCCUUUGUGAUGGCAGUGAGCCGAUGGAGUUGGAGUUGGAGUUGGAGGAGUAG